AUGAUAUGGGAUUACUAUCAGGGGAAAAUCCUGUUCAUUACAGGAGGAACGGGAUUCAUUGGCACCGCGGUUCUCUACCGGCUUUUAACAAAGGCGCCACCAAGGCACAUCUACAUUCUCUGUCGAGGAGGCUAUGAGAGAGCGAGGGAAAAAUGGGAGAGCAUGCUUCCGGCUUCAAUUGCGAACACUCUCUCUGGAAGUAAUCGCAUGACAAUUCUCGAUGGCGAACUAGGAGAUACUGCAACCAUGGACUUGCCCGAAGAGACUCUUCAAAUGCUAAAAGAAAGAGUACAUAUCAUGAUUCAUGCCGCUGCGUCAAUCGAGCUGAAAAAUUCACUUCGAGAACUGUCGUACACGGUCAUUGCACCCACUCUAUGUCUCACCAAGUACGCCCUGAAGUUCCCCAACCUGGAGAAAUUUGUAUUUCUUUCAAGUGCAUACGUCAACGCCCAUCUUUGGAGGUCCAGCAAUUCUUGUGACGUCGCGGCAGAGGAGCGCCUUUACUCACUCGGUGGUGACGACAGUUCAUGUAAGACAGCCCCUGACAUCUGGAGAGAAGUACAGGCAUCAGGAACCUCGACUGAGUACGCCGACCAUGAUUUCCCUUGGCCAUAUGCCUACGCCAAGCAUCUGGCAGAGAGGCUUGUCUGGAACAAGGCCUCAGAGUGUGGUGCAUUGGACAACAUUCUUAUUAUUCGACCUUCGGUCAUUGGCCCGGCCGAAGAGUUCCCAUAUCCCGGCUUCACGACCCCGUAUUCAUCGCCGUCCACAGCGUGUGCAGCUGCGUAUGCAAUGCACCCUGGACGAAAGAUUCAACUGGCGUCUCGAUGUAAGAACCCGGAACGAGAAGCUACCAUUGACGAGGUUCCCGUCGACGUGGUAGCUGAGCGAAUCCUUGUGCAUGUAGCCCUGGGAACGAAUGGGAUCGUUCAUGCAGUCAGCGGAGAGAAAGGUCGUUUGAGGCUUGAAGAAUGGUGGGAAGCAUUCAAGAAGGAGCGUCGUCUGCCUUGGAAUGUCAAGCCUGUUUGGACCUCCGAGGACUGGCAUUCAGCGGAUCUCCACCAUAUUGCCAGAAACUUCAAGAUCAUCGGUACUUCCUUUGCCUUUUCUGAACACAAGACGAUUCAGGCGGCGGAAAAGAUCGAAUCAAAGGAGCUGGAGCAUCUUAAACUCUUCGCUAAGCGUGAUAAGCCAUACUCGAUGGCCCAUCGACGGCAUCACAUUCACCAUGUGGCACGACAGAUGGCGAAAAAGAGCCGGUGGCCCAAUUGUUCCGUUGGCUUGUUGACUCGGAAAGGGAAAUCACCAUUUCCUUUCACUGAAAAGGUGUAA